AUUUAAAAAAAUGGAUUUUGGGGUAGGUAACGAUAUAACUCAAAUAUCAGCAGAGCUUGCUCGUGUGGUAGAGGUAAUGAUGUCACCCAACAUCCCCCAUCAGCAGCGCUUAGAAGUUUACAAUGCCUGCGAACGUUUCAAGGAAUCUUCUCCUUUAUGCGCACAAUGUGGCUUAUUUCUUGCACAGAAAUCUCCGGACAGAAGUUCCAUUGUGAGGCAUUUUGGCCUCCAAUUAAUGGAACACUGCAUUAAAUAUCGAUGGACACAAAUAUCACAGUCGGAGAAAAUCUUUAUCAAAGAAAAUGCAAUGAAACUUCUACAGGAAGGAAUGGAACCACAAGUGCAAGAAGAGAACCACAUUAAGGAUGCUCUAUCGCGUAUCGUUGUGGAAAUGAUUAAACGAGAAUGGCCACAACAGUGGCCUACCCUACUAGCAGAAUUAAGUCAAACUUGCACAAGAGGAGAAAGUCAAACGGAACUUGUACUUUUGGUGUUCCUACGAUUAGUUGAGGAUGUUGCUAUUUUGGAAACCCUGGAGUCGAAUCAGAGACGAAAAGACAUUUAUCAAGCAUUAACAACGAACAUGACAGAAAUCUUUGCUUUCUUUUUGAGGCUAAUGGAGCAGCACUUUGCUGAAUUUCAAAAAAAAAAUGCACUUGGUAGGCCAACCGAAGCAGCACCUAACAGCAGAGUAGUUCAGGUGGUUCUUUUAACACUCUCUGGCUUUGUGGAAUGGGUUUCAAUAAAUCACAUAAUGGCGGAUAAAGGUCGAUUGUUACAAAUACUAUGUUUAUUCUUGGGGGAUCCAACUUUUGGUUGUCCAGCUGCCGAGUGCUUAUUGCAAGUUGUAAAUCGAAAGGGUAAAGCCGAGGAUAGAAAACAAUUGAUGAUACUUUUUACGGAAGAAGCGUUAAGAUGUAUAUAUGCUGCUGCAACAAUGCUACCGCCAACCGGACCAAGUAAUUUACAAGAACAACAUUAUUUGUUCUUAAAGAAGUUGACUCAAGUAUUGAAUGGCAUGGCAAGUCAGUUAUGUUCUCUAUGGAGCAAAGACGAUAUAGCCGGAGUCCGUCCGGCACAUUUUGGUCUCUUCCUCGACGCGGUACUCACCUUCACCAUGCACUCUAGCCUUACUCUCGUUCAACUAGCAAAUACAAUUUGGGUUAUGCUUUUUAAACACGAGCACAUAAAGACCGACUCGCUUCUUUUGACUUAUGUGCCUAAAUAUGUGGAAAAUACCGCGCCCAAAAUUGUCAAGGUAUCCUUCCCAAACAAACGUCUGGCAAAUGGAAUGAGUUCGUACUUUGUGGAUUACGAUACCGAAGAGGAUUUUACAGUGUUCUUCCAUCGUCUGCGAAUGGACCUCCUCGAGGGCUUUCGACAGGCAACGCUGGUCGCCCCUCUCGUGACCUUUGCCUAUGUGCAACAGUGGCUCACGGCUAAGAUCCGCAAGGGCUCGGAGAACCUUGCCUACAAGAGCGACCCCCUCGACCCGGAGUACCUCGAGUGGGAGGCCUUAGCUCUGACCCUUGACUCGAUAAUCUCCCGCAUUCUGCUAGUGAGCGAGCGGCCCAGCGUCCAAAACGGCUUGCAGCUACUCGAGCUGUGCUUGAGUUACUCGCCCCAGGAUGCUUGGCUGCUCUCGACUGUGCUGUCGUGCAUAAGCGCCCUCUUUGUCUUUCUGUCGAUGUCGACGGGCUCGAUGGCGAUGCCCGGGGUUGCCAUACUACCCCGAGUCCUCGAGAAGAUUUUCGCGGCCCUGGUGUUUAAUGGGCCCGGCGAAACCAAGGAAAACAAAUCUAAAGCCACGAAAAACGUGAGACGACACGCUGCUAGUCUUAUGGUCAAGAUCGGCCUCAAGUAUCCGCUACUGCUUUUACCGGUUUUCGACCAAAUACACACGACCGUGAGGGGCUUGCUCCGGGAGCCUAGUCAACUUUCAAGGAUGGAAAGCUUGACGCUCUACGAGGCGCUCCUACUAAUUUCCAAUCACUUUUGCGAUUACGAGAGGCAGACGAGAUUCGUCGCGGAGGUUAUAGGCGACACCUCGACGAGACUUAUCGCAAUUGGCGCAGAGGCAUUCAAGGGUCCGAUCGAACUCAUGAGAUUCAUUGGGCUUGAUAGACCAGCCGUUGAAAACGGUCCCGAUGAUUCAGCGAGCGUCAAUCGAUCUAACCUCAUGUUUUGCAUCAACACAAUACUUAGCGUAGUGAAAAGGUGCUCGAUACCGGAGGACCCGGACCGUGCGGCCAGGGGCGGCUUCGUCGCUGCAUUUAGCGAAAGUGGCAAUCCGGUUUAUCGAAAUCCAGCGACACCGCACAUUAUGCCCGUACUACCGCCACUUUUCACUCUCCUCAGGGCAAUGAACGCGCUCUUCUUACCCACAGCUUUAAGCGUCUUGUCCGAGGGGUACAGAAAUGCAUAUGGGCUACUAGAAUCGGAGAAAGCCAACUUAUUGUGUUUGAAUAUGGCAAAUAAUAGCGAAAAUGCCGUAGAAAUAGAUCCGCAAUCCGCUCCUCUCGUCAGGAUGCAAUCUUUUAUCACAACCAUUCACGACAACUGCUAUCACAUGCUCGGUAGUGGAUGCCAUACUAUCGGUCGAGAUUUUUAUCAACUACUAGGAUUAGCAACUGCAUUAUUAAAUUCCGUUUUUACAAAUAUGGAGGUGAUUCCUGACUAUAGACUGCGUCCAAUUAUUCGCGUUUUUAUGAAACCUUUUAUAUACUCGUGUCCACCAGCUUUUUAUGAAACGGUUCUUGUUCCUGUACUAGCACAUGUGUCUACUCACAUGUGUCAAAGACUAAGUGCUAAUUGGCAAUAUAUAACUCGAUUGUACGAGUCUGGUAGUCUCGAUGACGAAAAUACAGAUGCUCAGGAGGUGAUCGACGACAUGCUCAACAGGAAUUUAACGCGCGAAUUCGUAGACGUAUUGAAAAUAGCACUAGUUGGCGGAGCGGCGACCGAUGCUUCGCCUCCUGACUCGAUGGAUCAGGACAGCGGUGGUAUGGCCGUCGAUCCACCUCCAACCAGGGGCAGCAAUAGCAUCGUCGCGGAGGUUGUGAGCGAGCUUGGAGCCUUUAUACUUAGGCACCCCUCCACAUGUCACAGCGUCGUUUUGUGCAUUCUCGGCGCAUUAUCGUGGAAUGAUUCGAACGCGAGUCUCAAGUCGACAAUGUUGACGGGUCCAAUGGUGCGAGCCUUAGCCGCCGAUGGAAGCUUAACACCGGCAAUGGCAGCGCACAUAAUGGUCGCCAUCCUUCAAGGUCUUCAACUGCACGGCCAGCACGAGGCGAAUCAGGGUUCGCUGAUAACCCUUGGUGCUCAGGUUUAUGAAUGUCUAAGGCCCAAAUUCCCCAAUAUAAUCGAAGUUAUGCAACAGAUACCUGGUGUCAAUCCAGCCGACCUGCAGCGCUUUGAUGAAAAAAUGUCGGUAGUAAGUACCAAAGGUAACAAGGUCGAAAAGGGAAAGAAGGACUUGUUCAAGAAAAUUACAAAUCAGCUGAUUGGUAGAAGUAUUGGUCAACUAUUUCGCAAAGAAGUAAAAAUCGACAAUCUACCACGGCUGGAUAUUGCAGGAAAGCAGACACUUCGAGAGGACGAUAUAUCAAAUAAUGACAAUGACAUAGCGUUGACAAGAUUAUUCGCUGGUCCUACGUAGCAGAUGAUUAAAUGACCGUAACAUGGGAAAUUGGCACUGUUCCAUAAGUGAUUGCAAAUUACUUAAGAAUUACUCAAGAAAAAAAUGUUGAGAAAUAAGGAACAGUGAUCAAGAUGAAAGGAAAUAAGUGUAUUACUCGAUUGUAGUGUAAUUAUAUAUCGAGUAUGUGUGUUGCAUCAAUA